UCACGGCCCCGCGAGGCGCCCGCGGCCCCGCCGCCCCGGAGCAGCGGUACAGGUAUGGAUGGGAAGAAAUGCAGCGUAUGGAUGUUUUUACCUCUUGUAUUUACUUUGUUUACUUCAGCUGGAUUGUGGAUAGUAUAUUUUAUAGCUGUGGAAGAUGACAAAAUUUUCCCAUUAAAUGCAGCUGAAAGGAAACCUGGUGUGAAGCAUGCACCGUAUAUAAGUAUUGCAGGUAAUGAGCCUCCUGCAAGCUGUGUGUUUAGUCAAGUCAUGAACAUGGCAGCAUUCCUAGCUCUUGUGGUAGCUGUUCUGCGCUUCAUACAGCUGAAACCAAAGGUUUUAAAUCCGUGGCUGAAUAUUAGUGGAUUGGUGGCACUGUGUCUGGCUUCCUUUGGAAUGACUUUACUUGGUAAUUUUCAGCUCACAAAUGAUGAGGAAAUCCAUAAUGUCGGAACCUCCUUGACUUUUGGAUUUGGCACGUUGACUUGCUGGAUCCAGGCUGCAUUGACACUCAAAGUCAACAUCAAGAAUGAAGGACGGAAAGUUGGAAUUCCACGAGUUAUUCUCUCAGCGUCGGUCACUCUCUGUGUGGUCCUCUACUUCAUCCUCAUGGCCCAAGGCAUCCACAUGUAUGCAGCCAGGGUCCAGUGGGGCCUGGUCAUGUGCUUUCUGUCCUACUUUGGCACCUUCGCUGUGGAGUUCCGGCAUUACCGUUAUGAGAUUGUUUGUUCGGAGUACCAGGAGAAUUUUCUAAGCUUCUCAGAAAGCCUGUCUGAAGCUUCUGAGUAUCAAACUGACCAGGUGUAACCUAACCAUUUUUCCUUGCUGGUGAGGUGGGUGUGACAGUGGGGAUACACCCACUGGACUUGACACAUAACCUCAUGACACAUUUUAUACACACACACACACACACACACACACACACACACAGUUCAUAGCCACAUUUGCCAAAUGAGCUCUACAGGGCGAGUUAUUUCUUUAAUAAAAAAGCACAAGCCCUUCCUUACGUGUCAAAAUACACGCUGUUACACUGAAAAUAUAUGCACGACAGCAAGAAGCUUGUGCAUGAUCACCUCCCCCCUCCCUCUCCCAGUACUCCCUGCUCUUCUCCUUCCCUUCACAUAGUUCGGACAUUGGGGUCUCUCCACCAUAGGGUAGCGCAGGCCAAAUGUAACAUGGGAAUAAUGCCAACUCCUGAAGUUGCCUUCAGAUCCUAAGGGCUUGGAACCAGCUCAUGAAGUUCUGAAUCUGGCAGCAGUACCCCUGGAAGUAUAGCGUGUCAUCCAGUUGGAUGGAAGCUGUAUAGAGACGUGACCCUGGGUAGCCUGUGGAAAGGAUGGGAUCGAGGACAGAACUUUCCCACAAAAACUCCGUCAUUGUUCAGUGGUUGGCUGAGAGGAUUCAGUGAAAGAGGAAUAUGUUACAAACUGUGAGAGGGAAGCCCACCACCAUGAUUCGGACUUGACUGUGACCUGAGAAAUAUUUCCAUGUGAAUAAUAUUUGUGAUCUGCCCGGCAUGGGACAAGAUGUGACAGUGAGAGUGUGGUUUCACUGUUGCUUAUCUAGUAUGCUAUGUAUAGCUCUUGUUUUAUAUUUCAUGGCUUGCCUUCUGUUUUUUUAAAGUAACUACCAAGCAUCUCUCAAGGCUUCAUGGACAAAGAUGUAGGCCAAACGCAAGAGGUGAGCUUGUUUUGGGCUCAACCUUGAUAAAAGAAAAAAAAGGUGACCCUGAAGGCUUAAUUUGCUGCUUUUAUGUUUGAAGUUCACAGAAAAGCACAAAGAAACAUGAGUAGAGGUAAUGAAAAGAGCUCCUGCUGGCCAUUUAUUACAGAUGGGAGUUUU